CCAUGUCAUGAUUGUAAUCCAGUGCAUAAUGGCCUGGCCAAAUCGUAGCUCAACACCAAGAACAAUGGCCGAUCGCGGUGGUGAGCGUGCAGAGCGCGGUGAGCGUGGCUCUUUCGGCCGCGGCUUCGGCGGCCGUGGCGACCGCGGCCGUGGCCGGGGUGCUCGCCGCGCUCGCGGCAAGAAGGAGGACGAGGAGAAGUGGGUGCCCUGCACCAAGCUGGGCCGCCUCGUCCAGCAGGGCAAGAUUAAGUCGCUGGAGCAGAUCUACCUGUUCUCCAUGCCCGUCAAGGAGUACCAGAUUGUUGAGUACUUCCUGGGCUCGGCUCUGAAGGACGAGGUGAUGAAGAUCAUGCCCGUGCAGAAGCAGACCCGCGCCGGCCAGCGCACCCGCUUCAAGGCCUUCGUCGUGGUUGGUGACUUCAACGGCCACAUCGGCCUGGGCGUCAAGUGCGCCAAGGAGGUUGCCACCGCCAUCCGCGGUGCCAUCAUCCAGGCCAAGAUGUCCGUCGUGCCCGUCCGCCGCGGCUACUGGGGUAACAAGAUCGGCAAGGUGCACACCGUGCCCACCAAGGUCACCGGCAAGUGCGGCUCGGUCACCAUUCGCCUGACCCCCGCCCCCCGUGGUGCCGGUAUCGUGGCCGCCCGCACCCCCAAGAAGGUGCUGCAGAUGGCCGGUAUUGAGGACUGCUACACCUGCUCGCGCGGCUCCACCAAGACCCUGGGCAACUUCGUGCGCGCCACCUUCAACGCGCUGUCGAGGACCUACGGCUUCCUGACCCCCGAGCUGUGGCGCGAGAGCAAGUACACCAAGGCGCCCUUCCAGGAGUUCACCGACUUCCUGGCCAAGCCCCACAUUGGCGAGUCCAAGGGCGAGGCGUACGCCUACUAAGCGACCCUCUCCUGGCGCCCGCCGUGCCCUACGGUGACGCAAAUGACGAACUACCAAGUUGGCGGCGAGCGGCCGGAGCGCUGCCGACUGGCCCUGCCCAUCGCCGUCUCCCCGAAUUCGCCAGCGGCUGGCGAAGGCCCCCAUGCAGGCGUGCUGUAACCAGUAUCUGGUGAUAUCACCUGUUCUCCUUCUCACGCUGUCUCGGGUUUGCUGUGAAAUUUUCAAGGCGGAUCAGACAAGGCUGAGCAGCGCUGGGUUUGCUCAGGACAACGAUGCAUUGAAUCAGCUUUGCCAACUAAGGGGCAGCAGCGGCAUAGUUAUGCUGUAUUGAGUAUAGACAGCGGGCACGUGAUAGGGCUGUGUGCGGGACUGCGGGGACUCGGAAGCGCGUCAGAGAAAGGCACACAGCUGAAACAAGCAUGGGAGGGCCAGAUAAUUCAGCGGCGUAGUUUCCUGUUAGUCAGAUGGGUGGAGAGUGCCGGCAGGGGACGGCCAGUGAACGGACGUUUCGGGUAGCAAUGAAGCUGAGUCGAGCGUAUCUAAGCAGUCCCUGAGCAGCCGUCUGGUUUAAACAAACAGCUGCAUCACUUGCAUGUUCCUUAACGGGUCAUGGUGCGGGGCAGUGUAACGGCGGGCGGCAGCAGGCACGACACGAGCUCGCAUGGGGUUCAACAAGGAGGUGGCUGCCUUAGGGAGGCAGGAAAAGGUCUGCUGCGUCUUUGUAGCACAUUUACCACGUACAGAAGUCAUACUGCGCAAAGCUGGUUGGCACAGUCUGAUACACAGUCUUGCGACAGCUUGGCAGCAUGCAGAUUGCGAGCGGCUGCGGAGGGGCUGUGAUGAGCGGACGGGCGCUGGCGGGUCAUCGCUCCCCCACCU